GCGCAGAAGGUACCUUUUGCUAAUUUGCUUUUAUUGUUAUUUUUGUAGGCCUAGCCUAUUUGUUGAUUUUUUUUUAGGUUGAAGAGUUUGAACGUAAUAAUAUUGCUACAAAAUAUUGGAAGUAAAAAUGGAUUUUAUUAAUCUCUCUGCAUCGAUGACGAUGCUAGAGCUUGUCAGAUUUCUGUUACAAGAAAGCAAUGACUCUUUUUCCUUUUACAGUGGAAAACUCUGUGAUGUUGAAUUAAUUAAGGAAAACUCGGAAAAAAGCAACAGUAUUAGUACAGUGUGUCAGUAUGUUUGUAAAAAGGUUCGUGAAGUAUGGAAUGUCCGCAAUCUUGGCAUAAUUGCUGUAAACCACGGAGAACUGAUGAUUUGUGUAACCAGUCCAGACCCCAGUGUUCCUGCGGAAACUGUCAGCUUCAUGGUUGAAGCAAUGGCUGUGUGCUUGACCUCCUCAGUUCCAGAAAAUUCAAAAGUGACUCAGGAUAACCUAAAAAAUGAUGGGACAAUGGAUAUGGAUGUAUCACCAGAUUUGAUACAAGUAAAUGCUUCAAUUAAAGAGAUCAAUGAUAGGAUAGACAAAUUUAUACGCUACAAGAGGGAUCAAGCCAACAUUAACAAUGUGCUGGACUUUUGCGGUGCAUCUAGUGAUCGUCAGUUCUGUGCUCGGGUGGAUGCUGUGCUUGUAAGGAAAAAAGACUCUACCAGUCACAUGGCAGUACGAAAUGUCCUUGACAGAUACACUGCAAAACACAACAGGGAAAAAGAAGACAGAUCUGGAAACCUUGCAAACGUUACGAAAACCAAUCAAGAUUCCUUGGUAGAAGGUCAAAUCCAGUCAUCUACACAACACGACUCGUCUGUUCUGAGAGGAGAAAAAAGGGUUCUUGAUCUAGCGUACAUUGAAUCAAUCAACAAUGUGAAGAAGCAGCAGAAGAUGUGAUAUUCUGAGAUAAGAUUAACUGAGUCUCAAAAAAUACUAAAAUUAAAUAAAAAAUAACUCAUAUCAUCAUUGUA